AUGCAAAAAUUAUGGUUACUUAAACUUACAUGGGACGAACAGUUGCCUUUGGAAAUAAUUAAAUUAUGGCUUUCAAUUGUAGAAAACUUAUCAUUUUUAAACAAUUUAAGAAUUCCACGCAGUGUUAUCUGCAAUCAAUAUAUUAAUGUAGACUUACAUAUUUUUAGUGACGCAUCUCAAGUGGCUUACGGAGCAUGUCUGUAUGUCCGUAGUUCUAAUAAUAAAAAUAAUAUGAUGGUGCGUUUACUUUCAGCCAAAAGUCGCGUAGCUCCCAUAAGGCCGACUACAAUACCACGGCUUGAGCUCUGCGCUGCACUUGUCGGUGUCCGUCUCUAUGAGAAGGUGAUAAGUUGGCUUCGAAUCCAAGUAAGAUCAGUAAUUUUUUGGUCAGAUUCGACAAUCGUUUUAGGUUGGUUAAAAAUGCUACCUAACAAAUUACAACCUUUUGUUCGUAAUCGAGUUGCCGAAAUUUUGGAAAAAACAUGUUCAUUUACUUGGCGACAUGUUCCCACUGAUCUCAAUCCGGCAGACUAUGUUUCCCGCGGUACGAACAUAAAUCAAAUUCACAAUCUUGACUUAUGGUGGUCUGGUCCACAGUUUUUAAAGGGUGACAUGUCUAAUUGGCCUGCUAACCCUAUUGUAAGUGAUAAGCUACCAGAAACUCGCUCAGAGAUUUCUUUAGUUGUUACCGAUCAGAAAAAACCUUUAAUUGACUUUGAGAGAUUCUCUAAUUUUAUAAGAUUACAACGUUCUAUGGCCUACGUGUUAAGAUUUAUUAAUAUUUGUAAAAAGAAACCGGUACAAGGUAAAUUUUUAAGUAACGACGAUCUACAUAAUUCUUUAAAUACUUUAAUUAGAUUGUCACAAAUUGAGUCAUUCGAGGAAUAUGUGACCUUAUAUAAUAACAAAAAAUUGCCUUCAAAAUGUACUAUUUUGAAAUUUAAUCCUUUCCUAGACGAAAAUAAAAUAAUGCGUGUCGGUGGUCGUUUAGGAAAUGCAUUAUUUACUUAUGAAAAGAAACAUCCGAUUAUGUUACAGUCCACUAAUCGUUUUACCAAAUUAUUGUUUAAGUAUAUGCAUGUCAAGCUUUUACACGCCGGUCCUCGUUUACUAUUAGCUUCAAUUAGAGAAAUGUAUUGGCCCAUCGGAGGCCUCAAGUUAGCUAAAUAUUGUUAUCGACAAUGUUACUUAUGUUGUCGUUAUAAGGGAAGGGUUAUAAAUCCACUUAUGGGCAAUCUGCCUCAGGGUCGAGUGACUCCCGGCGGUUUUCCCUUCGAGAGCGUUGACGUCGAUUAUGCUGGACCUAUUAUGUCCGCCAGUCGUCAAGGCCGUGGUUGCAAGCUUACGAAAGUGUAUAUUCUCAUCUUCGUUUGUUUUGCGACAAAGGCUGUACACGUGGAGUUAACAGGCGAUCUAACAAGUAAUAAUUACUUAUCAGCACUUCGUCGAUUCAUUUCACGUCGCGGAAAACCUAAACACAUAUACUCCGACAACGGAACUUCAUUCGUAGGCGCAUACAACGAAAUCGGUCGUUUUAUAAAAGACAAUUGCAAUUCACUGUCCGAGAAUUUGGCUCAGGAAAAUAUAAAUUUCCAUUUCAUUCCUCCGCAAGCCCCUCACUUUGGCGGUCUUUGGGAAGCAGGCGUUAAGUCAAUAAAAUAUCAUUUACGGAGAAUAUUAGGUAAUUGUAACCUUACAUACGAGGAAUUAAACACUGUGCUGGUUCAAAUUGAAGGUGUACUGAACUCUCGUCCGCUGACACCUCUCUCCACGGAUCCUGAUGACUUACUGCCAUUAAUCCCGGGACAUUUCCUCAUCGGCCGCCCCAUCACCUCUCUUCCUUCUCAAAAUUAUGAAGAAGUCCCUAGCAGUAGACUGAGUCGAUACGAACGCAUCCAACAACUUCGUCAACUUUUUUGGAGAAGAUGGAGCAAGGAAUAUCUCUCAGAACUCCAGCAGAGAUCAAAAUGGCGUUCCAAUGCUGACAAUUUAGGGACGGGUGAUCUUGUAGUUCUGAAGGAAGACAAUUUACCGCCGCUCAAAUGGCGACUGGGUCGAAUUACAGCCUUUCAUCCCGGAGCCGACGGCAUCAACCGCGUUGCCGAUAUCAGAACUGCCACCGGAAUCGUCCGAAGACCUUUCUGCAAAAUCUGCCCUUUACCUAACAACAAGGAAGGCUAA